AUGUUCUCCUUCUUCCGCCGGGGCCCUCCCCAAACCCCUGAAAUCCCAUCAGACCAAGCACCCUCACAACAAACAACAACACAAACUAGCCAAUCUCCACCACAACCCCAAAACCAAAGACCCGAAUCCGAACCUGAACUGAAAUUCAUCAACCCCCAAACAAAAUACAAACUUCUACUCGGCGGCCUCACCAUUUUCGCCUUCUCGCUGUGGAGCACCCGCCGCGCCUUAAACAGACGCUAUCUCGCCUCCGUCCCACCUUUCUAUACCUCCUCUCUCUACCAUAAGCCCGACGUCAGCGGCGGUGCGGAAGCCUUUGAGGCGCUGAAUCUGGCGACGCUGAAUGUGCUUUCCUUGGGCAUGGCGGGCACUGGGGGUAUCCUGUGUGCGCUGGAUAUCAACGGGGUUGAUGAUAUGAGGAGGUUUGUGAGGAGGGGAUUCUAUGGUGAUGGUGGAGAUGUGACGAAGGUGGAUAAGGAGCUGGAAGAUGAGGUUGAAGCUUGGGUGGGAAGUGUGCUGGGGGAGAAGUUUGGGGUGGAGCUGAAGAAGGAAAAGGAGAGGGAGAGGAAUGAGAACAAGGCUUGA